AUCGGAUUACGAGGGGAACACUUGAACAUAUACAAGGGAAAAGGUUUGAAUAGUGUAGAUUGGGUAUCAACUUCAGAACCACCAAAGAAUCAACCUCUCACUUGGUACAAGGUUGCUGUGGACCUUCCACAUGGAGAUGAACCUGUUGGGCUGGAUAUGGCUCAUAUGGGAAAAGGCCUAGCUUGGUUGAAUGGCGAAGAAAUUGGAAGAUACUGGCUUCGAACUAGUUCUGUACAUGAUGAGUGUGUUCAUGAAUGCGAUUACAGAGGCAAAUUCAUCCCCAACAAAUGUAGCACAGGGUGUGGAGAACCUACACAAAGAUGGUACCAUGUUCCACGGUCUUGGUUCAAGCAAUCAGGAAACAUUCUGGUGAUAUUUGAGGAGAAAGGUGGAGAUCCAACUAAGAUUAGAUUCUCAAGACGAGUAAUCACGGGUGUCUGUGCACAUGUUUCAGAAGAUCACCCUUCUUUUGAUCUUGAAUCUUUUCAAAAAGUUGGAAACGAGAAUCCCAAAAACAAAGCAACUGUCCAAUUAAAGUGCCCCAUCACUACUCGGAUCUCUGCCGUCAAAUUUGCCAGCUUUGGAACUCCUACAGGGAUGUGUGGAUCGUAUGCCAAGGGAGACUGCCACAAUCCCAAUUCAGUUUCUUUGGUUGAAAAGGUGUGCCUAAAUAAAAAUGAGUGCGCCAUAGAACUUACGGAGGAGAAUUUUAAUCUGGGGUUGUGUCCUAGCGCAACAAAGAAACUUGCUGUUGAAGUAGUGUGCAGCUGAAGUUGCCAGUGCCAGCACAUACAUAAAUCGACUGCACGUUGAACUGUUUGUUUUACACUACUACAGAGAAACCCUGCGGUUUUGUCAUAUGUUUGUAUUAUUCUUUAUAGUAAAUUAUAGGCAUCAAGACAAUAAGUGCCGAUUCAAACUAUUUUAUGUGAGUAUAUUUCCUCUGUGAGAGAAAGAAGAAUUCCAAGUUUACAUGAUGUUUGUCUUAUCCCUCUGAACCUGUUUGCCUAAAGCAUUGCAGGAGUUCGCUAUUAACACAAUGAAAAUAUCAUAGACGUAAAGAAGCAGAGAGCUGGAAGA